UGGUUGUACAUCAAUCAAACGGAUCCGGAUGGUACGUUGGCGUGGCUCGUCCAGGAGCUUCAGCGUGCAGAAGAAGAUGAACAAUACGUACACAUUCUUUCCCAUAUUCCGCCAGGCGAUGGCGAGUGCCUGGAAAGCUGGGCUCGAAAUUACUAUAAAAUCGUCAACAGGUAUUCGAAAACCAUUCAAGCACAGUUCUAUGGGCAUAUUCACGUGGACAGCUUUACGGUUUUCUAUGAAAAUAUGGACGAUGACUCAUCUACUCCUACCAACGUCCUGUACGCUUCACCAAGCGUUACCACUUAUACAUACCUCAAUCCUGCCUUCCGAAUUUAUGAACUUGAGCCAGGCAUCAACUACCGCGUCGCUGAUUUUCAUACGUAUUUUCUGAAUCUCUCAAAAGCUACAACGAUUGAUGACGAGCCUCGUUGGGAACUGCUUUACUCUGCGAAGGUUGGUGUAUAA